ACACCCAUGUACUUCUUCCUUUCCAAUUUGUCCUUGGCUGACAUCAGUAUCAGCACCACCACUGUCUCCAAGAUGCUAGUGAACCUCCAGACACACAACAAAACUAUCAGAUAUGCAGGCUGCCUAACACAAGUGAUGCUUUUUCCUCUUUUUGCCUGUUUGGAGAGUCUACUUCUGACAGUCAUGGCCUAUGACCAGUUGGUAGCCAUCUGUCACCCCCUACACUACCUGAUGAUCAUGAACUCCCACCUCUGUGGCUUGCUGGUCCUGGGGUCAUUUUCCAUUGGCCUCUUAAACUCCCAGCUGCACUACUGGAUGAUGUCACAGCUCACCUUCUGUGCAGAUGUGAAAAUCCCUCAUUUCUUUUGUGAACUUUCUCAGCUCAUUAGUCUUGCCAGUUCUGACACCUCCACCUAUAACAUAUUAAUCUACUUCAUCGGUACCAUCUUUGGUGGGAUUCCACUCUUAGGGAUCUUUUAUUCUUAUGCUCAAAUUCUUUCCUCCAUUCUGAGAGUCUCAUCAUCGGGAGGGAGGUAUAAAGCCUUCUCCACCUGUGGCUCUCACCUGUCCGUUGUUUGCUUGCUGUAUGGAACAGGCCUUGGGGUGUACCUCAGUUCAGCCAUCUCCUCCUCCCCCAGGAAGAGUGCAGUGGCCUCGGUGAUGUACACUGUGUUCACACCUAUGUUGAAUCCCUUCAUCUACAGCCUGAGGAACAGGGACAUCAAGCGUGCCCAGUGGGGGAUUGAAUCAUACUGGCUCCAGAGCUUCCUGGUGGAUUUCAGAGCCUUUGGUGGACUUCAGCUUGGCUUGAAUUUUUGCACUGCCCUUUCUCCCUACAAAGAGUUUGCAAAUACCACAAAGUCUCAAGGAGUCUUCGAGGUCCAUACCUGGGUCUGCCUUCUUGCCAGUCCUGAGAACAAAGCCUCAGCCUGCAACCAACAUCAGGUAGGGGAGGGGCAGGACAUGGGCCUUCCUCAGUCCUUCUCCAGCAGAGACACAGCACAGUCCAGGGUGAGCCAAGAGCUGUGGGAGACACUGCAUGCAGAAGGGUUGGGAGAAACUUGUUUUCUCAUUAUCAAGCCAGCAGACAGUUGGGAUAACCAGGUGGUUCUGAACUCUCCCCUAAUUGCUCCACUUGAUCAUGAAAAUGAUGAUGAUGAUGAUGAAAAUGAAGGCAGUAACCAAAAUAUCACAGCCUUUACCUAA